AAAAAAUCAAAUUUGAAAAAUUGAAAAAUUGAAAAAUUGAUAUAUUGAAUUUAUAAGCUCCAGUAGAAGACCAGAAAGAAGUUAGUGUUGUUGCUGAAAUGCCUAGAGAAGCCACUAUCAAGAGAAUCACCAACGAAACCAAGAUCCAGAUUGCCAUAUCGCUCGAUGGUGGGGCAGUUGAAUUGGAAGAAUCACUUUUUGAAGAGAAGAAUGCUGCCAAAUUGAAUGGUGGUGAAUCACUGGGACAUGCUACACAAUCCACAUCAUCCCAGCUCAUUGAGGUCCACACUGGGGUGGGAUUUCUCGAUCACAUGUUGCAUGCUUUAGCCAAACAUUCCGGCUGGUCCUUAAUUAUUGAAUGUAUUGGAGAUCUUCACAUAGAUGAUCAUCACACUGCGGAAGAUGUUGCUAUCAGUUUGGGUAUGGCUUUCCAUAAGGCUUUGGGCCAGGUGAGAGGAGUUAAAAGAUUUGGUACUGGGUUUGCUCCUUUGGAUGAAGCUUUGAGUAGAGCAGUUGUUGAUUUAUCAAAUAGACCUUAUGCGGUUAUUGAAUUAGGUUUGAAAAGAGAAAAAAUCGGUGACUUAUCUUGUGAAAUGAUUCCUCAUGUUUUAGAAAGUUUUGCUCAAGCUGCUGCUAUUACUUUACACGUUGAUUGUUUAAGAGGAUUUAAUGAUCAUCAUAGAGCUGAGUCUGCCUUUAAGGCAUUGGCCGUGGCUCUUAAAGAGGCAAUUUCGUCAAAUGGUACUAACGAAGUUCCAAGUACCAAAGGUGUUUUAUUCUAGCUCUGU